AUGAAGCGCCGAGCGAGCAAUCCGGACGACGACCACCCCGAAGUUCAGCAGCCCCCCACGGCGCCAAAACGCCAGCGAGUGUCGAGAGCUUGUGACCAGUGCCGCGCGGCGCGGGAGAAGUGUGACGGCAUCCAGCCGCUGUGCUUCCCUUGUGCGUCGCAAAAUCGCCAAUGUAGCUGGAAGGAACCCAAGAAGAAGCGAGGAGUGCAGACCGGGUACAUCCGGACUCUGGAGUUGUCUCUCGGCUGGAUCUUUGACAAGAUCCCGGGCUCGGAGGAAGCUCUCCACGGGCUGCUGACGCACGAGGGCGGCCAGGGCAGAGCACUGCUAGUUGGCAAGGAUACGUCUGCCGGAAAUCGCUUACAUCGGAGAUGGAGGAAAAGUACGGUGCACCAAGAGAUAGAUCGGGUCCUGUCCGGCGGCGAUGCUACGUCCUCGAAAGCCGACAGCGCUGCACCGGCGGCGGACGAAUCGGACAGCGGCGACGAAUCGGAGCAGGUUACCAAACAAGAACCUAUAACAGGCCGAGGACCUAGCUUGACCCUCGGGCAUCCGCCCGUGGAUACCCCGUCGCACGGCGACUAUGACAGCAGCGUUUCAAAGGAAGAGAGCCGCCCGCUUGGGACUCUAUAUAGGCCGGCAUCGAAUACAUAUACCCCGUCGCAGGGCACACAACAGACUUUAAAGCUUCCAUGGAACUGCUGGAGGCUUCUUGACAUCUACUUCUCAUACACGCACUGUUGGUUUCCGAUCCUGGAGAAGGCUCUGGUCCAUAAGACCUGCUGGUCGUAUCCGAGCGAGGGCCUCGCGCCGGUGACCUCGGUGCCCGUCUCUGCCUCGUACGCGGAGCUUUGGGCGGCGUUGGCUGUCUCUGCCCACCAAGAAGAAGCAGGCCACCACGAUGGUAGUACCCAUGGGGAAGCCGAAACGCGGAUGAGCCCAGAUGAGAUAUACCAGGUUGCACGGAGCUUGAUACCACCUGAGAACGGCGAAUUCGAGACACGGCAUGUCAACGCAAUCUUGCUGCUUGCGCUGGUCAAGAUUGGGCGAAAGGAACUCACAGCAGCCUGGAUACUGGUUGGUCUGGCCACACGUGUAGCCCUCGAUCUGGGGUUACAGUCGCGCUCAGUCGCAGAAGGGAGUCGACGGCCACAACACUCGUACAUGGCAUGCUUCAUUCUUGAUACUCUCGUCUCUGCUCGGAUUCAGCGGCCGCCGCAUCUUCGAGCGGACGAUACCCCUCCCGCGAUAGCAUCUGGCGAAGACGACCAGGACGAAUGGGACAUAUGGGCGCCCUGCGCGGGCUUCGGCACGUUGCGGUCACAGACGACACUAUCAAGGAGUCCUGCCCACUCUAUGAGUUCUUUUUCCGCACUGUACGGGAUCCACCGGGUCCACUCCAAGCUUGUCUUUGGUCGACAACCCGACGGCCAAGGCGAGGAACCAUAUCUGUCGCAAGUACAGAGGUCGCUUGGCAGCACCGCUCGCCGGCCUUUUAAUACAUACAUCGUGAACGGCGGUGUACCCCCUGGUCAGGUGCCCUCGGUGCAUCUUCUGCGGCUCGCUUUCCUCUGCUGCGCAAGCCAGGCACAAGUCUUUACGGACUCGCUACCAGCUUCCGUCCUGCAGUGCGUAGAGGAACACCUGCUGAAUUUCGGAAGUGCCAUUCCGCCACUUUUUUCUAUAUAUUUGGACCUUCUCCGUCAACAGUACAACCUUGAGCUGGUCAAGGAUGAGACGAGAGACCGCUGGAAAAAGGUUGACACGGUCAUCGACGCCGUAUGGGCAUCGCCUGCGAUCAAGUCCUUGAUCAUCCACAAGCCUCCAGAUAGAACUGCCUCUUUUCCGCAGCCGGCUUCCAAUGUCCUGUUCCACGGUACGACGAACGUACCGACCGUUGUGCAACAGGUACCUACCCCUUCAUCCCAUUACGAUACCCCAGGGGACCAAGCUCCCUCAAUCAUCAAUGGCGACAUUUUCCACAAUGCAGCAGUCCCAGGAAUGUUGAAUUUCCCCAGUUCGACACGAGCUGGCCAGCCGAUGGGUAUACUCAACAAUCUUGGUACACCAACCACAUCCCAGUUUAACCUUGCCGACAUGCCGCCGCAGAACUAUUCUGCUCAUGCCAGACCUAGCUUUGGCAGCGUUACUUUUGACUACGACUCGAUCCUAGACGAUAUAGCAUCGUUGGACCGGGCCGAUCGGAUGGGCUCGGAUCCCCAAUUCAUGGCCAACUUGGGCUUCGCGCCGGGUAGUGAUCUAACUGACCUUCUAGCCCACGAGUACUCUGGCAUGCCCUAG